AUGUUACAAGUACUCAGAGAACGUUCGCAAAAACGAAAAAAAUUAUUGGCACAAGCGCUAGGAGUUGCUAAUCCUGAUGAAUUACGAGAAGCAUUGGGCACGGAUGUUGACGGAAUCCAAAAAAAGAAGGCUAGAGUUAGAAUAAUCAAGUCUGAUCAAGAAAAAACCAAGGAUCAAAAAGAUAAUAUAGUUUUAGGUGAUGAAAUAGUCUACAAAGACUCGUCAACAUUUUUAAAGGGCACCCAGUCGUCAAAUCCGCACAAUGACUACUGUCAGCAUUUCAUUGACACUGGCCAGCGUCCGCAAAAUUUCAUCCGCGACGUAGGCCUGGCAGACAGAUUCGAAGAGUACCCGAAGCUUCGUGAGCUGAUAAAGCUCAAGGACGAUUUAAUUUCGGAGACAGCGACGCCUCCGAUGUAUUUGAAGACGAACUUGUCGACCUACAACUUGAAAGAACUUAACUGUAAGUUCGACGUUAUCUUGAUAGAGCCGCCGUUGGAGGAGUACCAGAGAACCUGUGGUGCUACCAACGUCGAGCUCUGGAACUGGGACCAGAUAAUGGAACUAGACAUCGGAGAAGUUGCGGCGAAUCGCAGCUUCGUCUUCCUUUGGUGUGGAAGCAGCGAUGGCUUGGAUAUGGGACGGUUUUGUCUGCGGAAAUGGGGCUUCCGUCGCUGUGAAGACAUCUGCUGGAUCCGUACGAAUAUUGAUAAUCCUGGACACAGCAAAAAUCUUGACAGCAAAGCAGUUUUGCAACGAACUAAAGAACACUGUCUUAUGGGUAUUAAAGGAACAGUCAGACGAUCUACGGAUGGGGAUUUUAUUCAUGCGAAUGUUGAUAUUGAUUUAAUUAUUUCGGAGGAACCUGAGUAUGGUUCUAUUGAAAAACCUGUUGAGAUUUUUCAUAUUAUUGAACAUUUUUGUCUAGGAAGAAGACGCGGAUAUUUCGCAUCUGGUCAAACAACAACAGGUUGUACAGAAAGAAUAGAAGCUUUGAGACCAAAAUCUCCUCCUCCUAAGGGCAAGGUCGCGGGACGAGGUCGUGGGGCCUUUAAUCGUGGAGGUCGUGGAAGAGGAAGAUGA